AAAAGCCCAAGAGGGCCCUGGGCUCUCCUCCUCCAGCACAGGAGCUGUUGGACCCAUGUUCUGGGGAAGUUCUGUGGUCUGAAAGGGCCACAAAGCUGGGCAGAUUUUCUCCCCCCUCCCUCCUGUGCUGACCUUCACUGCUGACACAAGGAGAAAUGUAAGAGGGUGCAGCUCUGGGAAUCCACCUUUCUUGGCAGAAGUUCUGUGGACACCCCCCUAGAGCUGAACAGCAGCAGCAGCAGAGGGAAUGUUCAACUACCUCCGGCAACGCUUCACCAGCCACCUCCGGGAGCGCAGCCGGCGCAGGGCCAGGCUGGUCUCCAAAGAUGGGAGGUGUAACAUCGAGUUUGGCAAUGUGGAGCAGUCCAGGUUUGUCUUUUUGAUUGAUAUAUGGACCACCAUCCUGGACCUCAGGUGGAGAUACAAAAUGACUAUCUUCAUUUCAGCCUUCUUGGGCAGCUGGUUUCUGUUCGGGCUCCUCUGGUACGUGGUGGCCUACAUUCACAAAGACCUGCCCGAGUUCAACCCCUCCAUAAAUCACACCCCCUGCGUGGAGAACAUCAACGGCCUCACCUCAGCCUUCCUGUUCUCCCUGGAGACCCAGGUGACCAUCGGUUACGGCUUCAGGUGUGUCACGGAGCAAUGUGCCACUGCCAUCUUCCUGCUCAUCUUCCAGUCCAUCCUGGGGGUGAUCAUCAACUCCUUCAUGUGUGGGGCCAUCUUGGCCAAGAUCUCCAGGUCCAAGAACAGGGCCAAGACCAUCACCUUCAGCAAGAACGCUGUCAUCAGCAAGCGUGGGGGGAAGCUCUGCCUCCUCAUUCGGGUGGCCAACCUCAGGAAGAGCCUCCUGAUCGGGAGCCACAUCUAUGGGAAGCUCCUCAAGACCACCAUCACCCCAGAAGGAGAGACAAUCAUCCUGGACCAGGUCAACAUAGAGUUUGUAGUCGACGCCGGCAACGAGAAUCUCUUCUUCAUCUCCCCGCUAACCAUUUAUCACAUCAUCGACAAGAACAGCCCCUUCUUCCACAUGGCAGCAGAGACCAUCCUGCAGCAGGAUUUCGAGCUGGUGGUGUUUCUAGAUGGCACUGUGGAAGCCACCAGUGCCACCUGCCAGGUGAGGACGUCCUACAUCCCCGAGGAGGUGCUCUGGGGCUACCGCUUCGCUCCCAUCGUGUCCAAGACCAAAGAAGGGAAGUACAGGGUUGACUUCCAGAACUUCAGCAAGACGGUGGCUGUGGAGACCCCCCACUGUGCCUUCUGCCUCUACAACGAGAAAGAAGCUAAAGCCAAAGAGAAGAAAGGCUAUGACAACCCUGGGUUUGUCCUGGAGGUCAGUGAAACCAGUGACACAAAAAUGUAGUUUGGGUACUCGUGGGGCUGUCCCUGUCGUCAGAGAGAAUUCAGUCUCCAGAGGAUUAAUGACUUAGUGAAACAAAAGAGAAGCACAGGUUUGUUUUUACUCUAAAACAGCGUUUCUUUUCUCAAAAGCCUCAAAUCGAAGAGGAGCAGGACACCAGUGAUCUCCAGAAUGCUAUUUAACUACACUCUAUGUAUUUCAUAGGAUUUAUAUUUUUGUACCUGUGGGACAUUUUAUGAAGCUGCUAUGUUGGAAUGUCCAACUCAAGUUCCCAGAGGCACAAAAGGGUGUUGAAAAUCCUGAAAAUAUGGAAAGAAGCUUUAAGACAUGUUAAA